AAAAAAAUCUUAUUAACAAAAGCUUCUCAUCUUCCCUAGCCAAACUGUGAAUUAAAAUUAGAAUAUUUAAAACAUAAAAAUGGAUGAAGGGAGAAACGGCUUACUGGCAGAGGGUUUAAAUAUACAUACAUAUAUAGGAUGAAGAGGCACAGUUGAUUUGAUAAAAAAAAUAAUCGUUGAAAAGCCGACUGAGAGAGAGAAGCCUGUGUCGACUGCUGAGUGCCGAGAGAGAUGAAGAGGGAGAAAUCCAUGGGAGAUGAAGCCGAAAGAGGGAAAGAGAUGAAGAGAUGAAGAAAGGGGAAAGCAUGGGAGACGAAGAAAGGAAGAUCGUGAGUUCGCGACAUACCUGGAGAUGAACGAGAGGGAUCACCGCCGGAGAAGAUGCAUAGCGGUUGGUCGUCGCCGCUUGAGCUGCUUGAGGUAUGACUUACAUUCAGGAAUUCAAGAUACAAUAGGGAAUCAUGAUGAUCUGGCUACCUGUGUUGAAUAUUGUGAUGAAACAUGUCAAGUGGUUUCUGCAGGUUGGGAUAACAAGAUAAUGUUGUGGGACACGCGUAUGAAAAAGGCUCCUGGAUGUGUCAAAAUUCUGGGCGCUGAGGUGGAGUCCAUGUCAUUAUCCGUAUUUAAUUUGCUGGUUUCUGCUGGAGCCUCAGUAAAUACUUAUGACUUGCGUAUGUUAGAGAGAUCUGCCCAGGCAGAACAAUUAUUAAUGGGCGUUCAAAUAAAAUGUCUCAGAUCAAUUCCUAACUCUAAAGGGUUUGCAGUUGGAUCUAUUGAUGGACGGGUGACAUUGCAGAUUCCUGAUCCAUCCAAUUCAAAUGACACUGGAUAUAGUUUUCGCUGUCAUCCGAAGUCAAAGAAGGGAAGAGAUCAUCUUGUAGCAGUGAAUGAUAUUGUAUUCAACCCAAUCAUCUGUAGUGCUUUUGUCACAUGCGAUGAUGAGGGCUAUGUUUGUUCAUGGGAUGCUCAAAGUAGGAGAAGACUAUUUGAGUUGUCCAAAAACCCUAAUAGUGUGGUGUCCUCAUCAUAUAACCACAGUGGACAAUUGUUAGCUGUUGCAUCAAGCUGCACAUACCAAGAAGGGAAUGAAAAAGAAGAGUCUCCUCGAAUACUCGUACAUGUAAUGGAUGACAACAAUGGAUUGGUUUCUUCUGGAACUUCCAGAUAAGACAGAAUCAGAAGGCUGGCUGAGAUUCUUGUUCAAUAUCUUAGACCAUGAAGUCUGUGUUCAGUCUCCUUUGAGAUCAAUACAUAGCCUCCCCUAUUCUUCACCACACUUUUAUAACUGUUCCCAAACUAAUCCAUAUCGCCCCAACUCUUCUCUAAGAAAAAGGAGAACUCAGAAUGUGAACAAUUGACCAUAUGCUUGUACCCCAUGUUACGAACACUUACAAGAAAUUAAAUACAAAGAAUUUGGAGGUGAUUCCAUUAA